GCUGGCUGCGGGUAAGAUGAUCCUUCAGCUGUUAAUGGCGUUGUGGCCUUAUGGGCUGGUAAGCUCCCUUGACCUCCUGCCGAUUUGAUCGACACUUCUACUGAGAGAGAGAGAGAGAGAGAGAGAGAGAAAAUGGCGGACCGAUUCUUCCCGAACGAUAUGCCCGACUUCGUCCAGGAGACGGAGAUCACUGCUAGCGAUUCCACCCUUCACAAGCUCCUCUCGCUUCCCUACCCGAAAGCCGCCGAGAGACUACUGCGUGCCGGUCUUGAUCUCAGCGAAACGGUGGUUAAGGAGACCGGUAUUCGUUACGCAAGUCACGCGAAGGACCCUACUCUGUAUACCGGCGCGCUCGGAACGGCGUUCCUGCUGUUGAAGAAGUAUCGGGUGACUAACAGUCGCAGUGAUCUCGAUCUCUGCCGUGAUAUCGUUAAGGCUUGUGACUCUGCUUCCCGUGGUUCGCGGCAUGUGACUUUUAUAUGUGGGAGGGCAGGCGUUUGUGCGCUAGGGGCGGUGGUCGCCAAGCAAUUAGGGGAUAGAAAGCUGCUGGACUAUUAUUUAAGGUCAUUUAAAGAGAUUACAUUACCCAUUGGGGUUCCUAAUGAGCUUCUGUAUGGAAGAGCUGGAUACCUGUGGGCUUGUUCUUUCCUUAACAAGCACAUUGGAGUGGGAACAAUCCCUUCCACCUAUACAGAUUCAAUAGUAAAGGAAGUGAUUAGAGAAGGAAGGAAGUUAUCUAAUAAAGGAAGCUGCCCUCUGAUGUACGAAUGGCAUGGCAAGAAAUACUGGGGAGCAGCUCAUGGUCUAGCAGGAAUCAUGCAUGUUCUGAUGGACAUGGAACUGAAACCCGAAGAGAGAGAAUAUGUUAAAGGCACCCUCCUCUACAUGAUCAAGAAUCGUUUUCCAAGCGGCAACUACCCCUCCAGUGAGAACUCUGAGACCGACAGACUUGUUCAUUGGUGUCAUGGCGCCCCUGGAAUCACCCUGACCCUAGUAAAAGCUGCUCAGGUGUUUGGUGAUGAGAGAUUUUUCAAAGCAGCUGUGGAUGCCGCAGAGGUGGUGUGGAAUAGAGGUCUAUUGAGGAGAGUUGGGAUUUGCCAUGGAAUUAGUGGAAACGCCUAUGUGUUUCUGUCAUUGUAUAGGUUGACGGGCAAUGCUGAGUACCUGUACCGUGCGAAAGCGUUUGCCUGCUUCCUCCUUGACAGAGCUCACCAGCUGGUUUCAACAGGUCAGAUGCAUGGUGGUGAUAAUCCCUUGUCAUUGUUUGAAGGCCAGGGUGGCAUGGCCUAUCUCUUUCUCGACAUGACCAGCCCCACUGAAUCAAGGUUUCCUGCUUAUGAGCUUUGAAUCUCUCUCGUUGAAGUAUAAGAUUUCGUUUGGGACAGCUUUCUUACUGCUUCUUAAAGCAAUUUUAAUUUUUGUACUAAGAAGUUACUUUAAGAAGCAAUAAGAAAGCUGUCACAAAUGAAGCCUAAAUGUAACACUGCAUCAAGGUUUGGCUUACUGUUCAGUUAGAGCUGAGCUUUGCGUCUCCUGUGAACUUCUGCUAUGGUCUGAAUUAAAGCUAAACUAACCCAAUGGUAGCUAAAUUUCUAAGAAUUUAGCUUAUUUUGAUCUUCUGCAAUGAACUGAAUUUUUUUUUCUUA